CCGCGUUACCAACUGCUGGUACAGUACCUACCUAGCCUGGUACUGCCGGUAUGCCGUUAAGAGAUAGCAGCUUCCUAUUGGUCACAAUGCUCACCUACCUCGCCAUUUCCCAGACAUAUUAAGAGCCGUGUAUGCAUUAAAUUGGGCAGGUGAGCUCCAAAAGCAAUAGCCAAAUCGUCAUGAAAACAAGGGAAUGGACCUGAGGUCGUCCCGGUCGUCUCAUUUAUCAACUUCUUCCAACUUUAUGCCUUUUGAACCAUCUUUAACUUUAAAAUAGCACGUGCCCGAUUCCAUGAAUCAGACCCUGCUGAAAGUACUGCAAGUACUGAAAGCAUUGGCGUCAUGUUUAUUGGGCCAGCACAACGUCAACCACGUACUUUAAACUUGCAUCAAUUUAUAUAAUACCUAAUACGCGACUCAUCUUCUUAUUCAAUUUCCUCUUGUUGUUGACUUCAAGGCCUGCCUUCUCUAGGACAUGGCUAUCCUCAACAUCGACCUAUCAAGCAAAAGAUCUUGAUGUUACGGACUUUAAACCUUCACUAAACUUGCCUUGUAGCAUGUUGUAUACCAUGUUAACUUCUUCGUGGUUAUUGUACCUGGCAGCCACUAUCGCGGCAGGAACUCCCGUGGGGGAUCAGAACCCUCUUCGAGGACAGAAUGAUGCUACGACCCCUGGUCACAUCUCAACUGGUCUCUUUGCAUCGCUCGAGCGUCUCUCGCGCUUGGUCGACAUAACGUACUGCGUCGGCACCACUGGUAUCACACAGCCAUUCUCCUGCGCGUCCCGAUGCAAGGAAUUCCCAACUCUAGAGCUUGUGACAACAUGGAACACCGGGGUUUUGAUGAGCGAUAGCUGUGGCUAUAUUGCUGUAGAUCACGGGACGACAUCGAUGCUGAGUGGCAACGACGGCGGCAUCGCCGAUACAAAGAAGCAGGGGGCAAUCGUUGUCGCGUUUCGUGGUACCUACAGUAUUACGAAUACCAUCAUAGACCUGAGCACGAUUCCUCAGGAAUACGUCCCCUAUCCAUCGCCAGACCAAGGUGGAUCUAAACCGCCUAAAGAACCAGAGCAUACCUGCAAGAAUUGCACGGUUCAUAUGGGGUUUUUGGCGUCCUGGAACAUAGCUCGCGCCGUCGUUCUACCAGCACUUAAGCCAUUGCUUGAGCAAUACCCCUCCUACCCGAUUUACCUUGUCGGUCACAGCCUCGGUGGCGCCGUUGCUGCCCUCGCCGCGUUGGAGCUCAAAGUCGUUUCUGGCCGGGAUAACAUCGUUGUAACAACUUUCGGCGAGCCGCGUGUUGGGAAUGAAGGAUUUGUUAAAUACCUUGAUUCUGUUUUCGAUCUUGGCGGCAAAGGGGCGCAAAAUGAAGCACAAACAUAUCGGCGCGUAACACAUGUGGAUGAUCCCGUACCGUUGCUACCACUAUCGGAAUGGGGAUACAGAUCUCACGCCGGUGAACUUUUCAUUACCAAAUCCAGUCUACCUCCUGAACCUUCGGAUAUUCGGGUGUGCGUGGGGGACGAGGACUCUAAAUGCAUCGCUGGUUCGGUUGGGGAGCCGCUUAGGACGGUUGGCCAAGCGCUAGCUAAAGAACAAGGACAAGACAUUGCCAUGUGGACUGAAGGGCUCUGGGAUAUUCCUAGCCGGUUCAAAUUGUGGCAACUGUUCUUCGCGCAUCGAGAUUACUUCUGGAGAUUGGGUUUGUGUGUCCCCGGGGGAGAUCCUAUUGAUUGGGACAGGGACAAAUAUCCUAAUUUCACUACCAGUGACGAGCUAUGAGCUAUGAGUCACAAAUGGGUAACACGCUUUGUUUAAUCCGAAAUCCGAGAUGAGAAUCGGGUUUAUUCUAGCGCCUCAAUUUGAUACGCUGAUGGAGCAUAGGGAGUUAAAAAUCGUUAAUGCGACCAGGAAAAAAAAAGUUGACUAAAAUUACCUCUAUAGUCUGAAAGUAAUGUCUAGUACAUGUAACUUGUUGUAAUUUUUAAAUCUUUAACGCAUAGACGGACCCUGAUGAAUAGGGGCAAACAGAUAAUUACAGUUGGAUAUGUCGAAAUUGCGGUGCAGAUAGGCACUUAGGUUAAGAUUUAAAGGUUUAUUAAGCGAUGGAUUUCCUGAGCCGCUUGAUCUAUGGGGUUACCAAGUACGGCAAUGAUCACAAUUCCUGGUUCAGGGGUUACAUGCGUAUAAUCAGACCUUGAAAAUAGUAUAGGCUGGAAAGAUGUUCACAUGUAAUACCCAUUAUGAGGUUACGGA